CGAGAGGGAGAGUUAGGGAUUGCAAAUGGAAUCGGUAUCGGUGAAAAACGAAAACGACGCCAACAAUAACAACCAGGCAUCCUCCGACGAAGAUAGAGAACGCCUAGUCCUCGAUCUCAAGGCCGGUCUGUAUCCCCUCAGAAACAAAUUUGUAUUUUGGUACACUUGUCGAACUCCUGGAGUCAGAACUCAAACAUCAUAUGAGGAUAAUAUUAAGAAGAUAGUGGAUUUCAGUACGGUUGAAGCCUUUUGGGUAUGCUACUGUCACCUAUCCCGCCCUUCAACUUUGCCAAGCCCAACAGAUUUGCAUCUAUUCAAGGACGGUAUCCGUCCGCUAUGGGAGGAUUUUGCUAACCGCAAUGGUGGGAAAUGGAUUAUCCGACUUAAAAAGGCUGUGUCAGGCCGUUUCUGGGAGGACCUGGUUCUAGCGUUGGUAGGAGAUCAACUUGAUUAUGGCGAUAAUAUUUGUGGUGCAGUACUGAGUAUCCGUUUUAAUGAGGAUAUAUUGAGCGUUUGGAACCGCAAUGCAUCUGACCAUCAGGCUGUGAUGGCUCUGAGGGACUCGAUCAAGAAGCAUCUAAAGCUUCCCCACAGCUACGUGAUGGAAUACAAGCCCCACGAUGCUUCACUACGUGACAACUCCUCAUAUCGGAACACAAGGUUGAGAGGAUAGGAAUUGCCCCACUCAUACUGGAAG